AUGUCUUUCUUCUCUCAGUUCCCCGGUGGCGACUUCGCCCCUCUCUUCCGGCUCCUGGACGACUACGAUGUCCACCGCGCCGCAAAGAGCUCUGGCACCCUGCGCUCUUUCCAGCCGCGCUUCGACGUCCGCGAGGUCAAAGAUGCCUACGAGCUCCACGGCGAGCUCCCCGGCAUCGAGCAAAAGGAUAUCAGCAUCGAAUUCACCGACCCCACCACUCUAGUCAUCAAGGGUCGCACCGAGCGCGAGUACUCCGCUGGCACUCCACCCGCUGGUGCCAUUGAGGGCGGUGAACAGCCCCAAGAACAACCCCAGGGCGAGAGAUACAAAUACUGGGUCUCUGAGCGCUCGGUCGGCCAGUUCCACCGCUCUUUCAGCUUCCCUUCGCGCGUCAACCAGGACGCCGUCAAGGCCAGCUUGAAGAAUGGCAUCCUCAGCAUCGUCGUCCCCAAGGCUCCCGAACCUACCUCGCGUCGCAUCUUUAUUGAGUAA